AUGGUGAAUGCGCAGAGGAUGGAUUGGUCUGAGAAGUUAGACGAUGCAUUGUGGGCAUAUAGGACUGUUUAUAAGACACCCAUAAGGUCUUCUCCCUAUCACAUAGUAUUUUGUAAAGCAUGUCUUCUUCCGGUGGAAUUAGAACACCAAGUUUAUUGGACAAUUAAGAGAUUGAAUUUGGACCCUGAGCUGGCCGGUAGAAAGAGAAUGAAUCAAUUGCACGAACUUGAGGAUUUUAGGCUCCACACAUAUGAGAAUGCCAAGUUUUACAAUGAAAGGAUGAAAAGGUGGCAUGACAAGCACAUAGUUACUCGUACUUUCACUCCGGGAGAAAAGGUACUACUCUUUAACUCUAGAUUAAGGUUAUUACUCGGAAAACUAAGGUCUAAAUGGAGUGGUUCUUUCGAAGUGGUAAGAAUGACACAACAUGGGGCUGUUGAACUUAGAGGUGAGAUUGACCUUACAUUCUUGGUAAAUGGGCAAAGGGUAAAACACUACUUUGGUGUAGAUUCACAUCGCGAUCUGGAGGCUUUUGAGCUAAAUGAUGAAUGCUCCAAGCUACAUCAUUCCGCGACAUUAAAUCAAGUGCUACACGGGAAGGGUAUUGAAGAAGAAGAGAUGGACUUGACUGUUGCUUUCCACCCCGAUUUGACGGGUAAGAUAGUUUAUGUGACUAGGACAAAGGCACUGGACACGUCCCAUGGACCUGUCUUGUCAGCCCACGAGAGGCAAGCCUGA